AUGCUGUCCGCCUCCACCUUCGAGAAGUUCAGGUUCACGGGGGGGCGGGCAGUUGCCGCGGCGUCCGUGUCGCGGAAGCGCGAGGGGUCGCCCCUCACGCCGCCUCAACCCCCGAGGGCGAGGGCCAAGCCCGACGACGAGGUCUCGGAUGAUCCGUCGGUGCGCCAACACCCGUACAUCGCCCCCGCGCCGGCGAGGUGGCGCGAGAGGUACGCACCGGCGUGCGAGGCGUGCGAGGCGGCGCGCGUGCCGUGCGUGCAUCACCCCGAGGUUCCCCUGAAGCUCCUGAUCAUCGGGCACAACCCCUCGGAGCACAGCUGGGGAUCCGGCUGGUCAUAUUCUAAUCCGAGCAACAACUUCUGGAAGCUCCUCGCGAAGGGGCGCAUCGUGCCGGAGGAUUGGACCAAGGAGGACUGCCCGAGGCUCCCCGGGGACCUCGGCAUCGGAUUCACGGACGCCGGAACCGUCCCUGGUAACGACGCCGGGGCCUAUAACAGGGCGACGAUGAAGAAGUGGCGUUCAGACCUCUAUGCGAGGCUGCGAGGUCACGUCGCGAGAUGCGCCGACGCAUCCGGCGACGAAGACGCUCGGGUAGGUCAUCGCUCGUCGAUGAGCAUCGCGUCGAGGCACGGCCCCGAUGUGGUCGCGUUCUCCGGUAAGCGGCAGUACGCGCAGCUCUUCGACGCGGUCCCGUCCAGGGUGGACGCGGGCCGGCAGCCCCCCGAGUCCCUCCCGCCCGGAUGGCCGCUGUGCCCGGAACGGACGGAGGUUUGGGUGAUGCCGAGCAGCAGCGGGCGGGCGGCGAUGACGAGGGAGGCGAGGGAGGGGCCGUGGGUCGAGCUGGGCACGAGGCUCGCGACGAUCCCUUGGCCGCGAGCGGAGUAUCGUGGUGCAGAGCUGAGCGACUAG